AUGUAUACAUAAUAAUUUCAUCUAUGUAUUUCUUUUAAAGAAGACAGCAGAAAAUGGCUACAGCUUCAACAUCCUGUGACAAGCUGCCAAUAGACUGGGAGGUUCUGUGUGCAGAAGGUCCCGCCCUAACCAAUCAUGUGGGAUGUGUCAUAGGAAACUCUUUCUACAUCCAUGGUGGAGUAACUAAGUAUGGGACAACCCACCCGUCGGACAAACUGUACAAAAUGGAGUUAUUGUCAUCUAGAUGGGCAGAGGUCACGGAUCCUGGAUCACCCAGCUUGAGUCACCAUGCUUGUGUUGUCCUAGAAAAUCGGUACAUGACUCUCAUCGGUGGUUGGGAUGGAAGACAGCGUGUUACAAAAAUUUAUGUUUAUGAUACACAAGAAAAGCGGUGGCUUUUUAUGAAUGAUUCAGGAUUUCCUGAAGGGGCGGGGCUAAGCUCCCAUGCUGCAACUGUGUUUUCUUCUGGGAGGAUUUUAAUCAUUGGUAGAGAAGGUAGUUUAAGGCUUCAAAGGAAGCAUGGCAAUGUUUAUGAAUUGACAGGUAGUGUAUUAAGUGGGCAGUUUGUGUAUAGAAAAAUGACGAACGCAACUUCUUCAAGAUCAGGUCAUACUGUGAACUGUUUAGGUAAUACGGUGUAUAUCAUCGGUGGACGAGACGAUCAAUUGAUAGAAUUCCAUUCAGGGUACAGUACUGCUGAACCUAAUGGCAGUUUAACAUCAAAAUUUGCCAAUAUUGUUAAAUCCUGUAAGCCAAUGACAAAACCACCAAGUGGCAGGAAAAAUCAUGUGACCUUUACUGGGAAUGGUUGUAUGAUUAUUCAUGGAGGUGAGACAUUUGAUGGGAGAUCCAGGGAACCAGUCGGUGAAAUGUUUCUUGUUACAACCAAACCACAUUUGACUUACUAUAAAAUAGGAAAUGCUUCAGUCAGUAGGGCAUCCCAUGUCUGUGUGAAUACAGGGGACAGAGUGAUAAUUCACGGAGGCAUUGCUGGGAAAAAUGUAGUUCAUGGGGAAACAUAUGAGUUGAAGCUAAGAAAAUGACUCAAUCACACAUAGUGAUGAGAAUCACACAUAUAAUUGUCAGACUAAUGUGCCAAAGAUAUCUCAUUCCAAUCAAAGAAGUAUUCCAUUCCAUUAAAAUUUUACAAAGUUAAGAUCAGCAUUAAUUUAAGAAAAUAGUUACGGGUGAUAUGACAUUAAAUUCAUAAAAAAUUGUUUUUAUUGAUGUACACUUUAAAAUAUGAUAGAAUAUAGUAAAAUAUGCAAGACAAAAUUUUUGACAUGUUUGCGGUUCAGAUCAGAAUAUCCGUCCCUCGGCGGGUACCCUUGGGAGAGAUAUUCUGAUCCGAACUGAAAUAUACAGUUCAUAUAUGACAUAUAUUAUAAGACUAUCCGUAUAAUGAACCAACUGUGUUAUGAAGUGUGAAAUUUGUUAAAGGUUUCAUAGUUUCUAUGCAAAGUUGGAUCUAAAUUUCAACAUACUUUUAACUAAAUAUU